UGGGCUCACUUCCUGCUCUCAGCUGUGGCCCACAGCAAACAGUCCAGAAGCCUGUGCAGACUCCAAGGGAUCAGAGCUCACUGUCCCAGGCCCCAGGCCCCAGGCAGGUGUUGGAAGAUGGAAGACAGCAACGCCAGCCCCAGGAUGUCCACUGAACACGAGAACACAGAGAUGCAUCCCUUUGAAUGUAUGUUCAAGCACUUCAAGACACAGAAAGUGGCCAUUUCUAAUGCGAUAAGAAGUACAUUUCCUUUUCUUGAGAGCCUCCGAGACCGUGAAUUCAUCACUGGUAAAAUGUAUGAAGAUUUGAUAGAUUCCUGUAGAUCGCUGGUCCCUGUGGACAAAGUGAUCUACAAAGCCCUGGAUGAACUGGAGAAGAAAUUUGACGUGACGGUACUGUGGGAAUUGUUCAAUGAGGUCAACAUGGAGAAGUACCCCGAUUUGAAUCCCAUUCGUAGAAGCUUUGAAUGUGUGUUUCCCAAUGAAUUGUGUUUCCAAGGAAUUGAUAGAGGGAACCCAAACUCCCAGCUAAGUCUUGAACAAGGACCUAGUGCCAGCUAUUCUCAAGGAAGCCUGAAUGGGUCAUCCUUAGAUCUCUCCUCAUCUGAAGGCUGGAGAAGUAAUGAUAGAAGAAAUUCCAACCUCAUGCAGGCAAACCAAACUGAGAAUCAUCAGCUUGCCGAAUCACCAGGCCACCUUGAUUCCUGUGAACUCCAAGUCCAACUGAAUAACGGAGAUGCUACCCCGGAGUCUUACAGCCUAUUGCCUCAGCAUGAAGAAAGAGCUGUGCAACUCAACAAUGAAUUCCAGAUUAAUCCCUGUUUUGUGCAACUGAUAGAUGUAAAGAAGGAAAAUUCAUCAUUUUCCUUGGCUGGUAACCAACAAACCCGAGCAAGGACCAACCAAAAUGAGGACUCUGAGGUAAUAGAACUCAGCAGUGGGGAUUCUGAUGAUGGAGAGAACUUCUCAGAAGCUACAACCACAAUCCCCUCCCAGCCAGCGCCUGCAUAUUCCAGAACACCUCCAACACUGAGAACAGACAGAAGAGGAGAUACUUCUGACACUGAGAGCUCUAUCAUCAUUAGAAGACGGAAAAGGACAGGACGAGUAUUAUAUAGUUCCUCUUCAGAACUGAGUUCAGAAGAGGAAUCUCAGGAAUUCCUAAGAAGUGGAUCAGGAGGAUUAGGAUGCUCAGCCUUGGCCCACAGGAUGUCAGGAAUUUGAUGACCAAAAGCAAGCCUCCGGGACUAGAUGCAUUUUGUGCUAAACACGAUGACUGCUGUGUGCAUCCGGUUAUCCAGGGAGCUUCUUUUCAAUCUUAGAAAGUGGAGGAGGCAAGAAAUGACUAUGAACGCAUGCUUAACAGGUUGAAUCCUAUCAAUUAAAUGGAUGUGCUUAUGUAUUGCUGAUAUGGAAGAAAUAAAUAGCAGAAUAAUAGUUAUUUUUUUUGCCGAGCAGUGGUAGUACAUGCCUUUAAUCCCAGCACUUGGGAGGCAGAGGCAGGCGAAUUUCUGAGUUCGAGGCCUGCCUGGUCUACAAAGUGAGUUCCAGGACAGCCAGGGCUAUACAGAGAAACCCUGUCUCAGAAAAAAAAAACAAAAAACAAAAAACAAAAAACCAAAACAAAAAAUAGUUAUUAUAUAUAUAUAUAUAUAUAUAUAUAUAUAUAUAUAUAUAUACUCACUGCCAUGCCUACUGUGGUGGUUUGUGGAGGAAUGACGCCCCACAGGCUCAUAUUUGAAUGCUUGGUCAUUGGCUACUUGUGAAGGAUUAGGAGGUGUGGCAUUAUCAAAAUGGGUGUGGUUUGAGGAAGUAUGUCACUGGGGUGGGCUUUGGGAUUUCAAAUGUCCAAGCCAGGCCCAGGCUCUCUCCCUGAUGCCUGCUGAUCUAGAUAUAGAAUACUCAAAUACCUCUCCAGCACCCUAUCUGCUUGCAUGCUGCCAUGUUUUCUGCCAUGAUGGUAAUAGACUAAACCUCUGAAACUGUAAGCCAGCCCUAAUUAAAUAUUUUUCAUUAUAAAAGGUUCUGUGGUCAUGGUGUCUCUUCACAGCAAUAGAACAUUGGCUAAGAUACCUCCUAACACAAAGAUCCUGUAUUCAUAGGGUCAUUUGUAAUGGUAAAAGACGCAAAAUACAACUAGCCAAGUGUUGAGGUUUGGUCUUUUGCUAACUAUUACAAUGCUGUGUGGGCCCCCAAGACCUGGAGUCUGCACAUAGCCCCUGUGAUCCCAAGUUAUUUCUGCUUGGUAAAUAAAGAUGCCAACAGCCAAUAGCUGGGCAGAAGAGAUGUGGAUGGGGUUUAGGUUUCUUGGGCUUGGGCUCAGAGAGAAAACACAAAGGCCACUUUCUUUCUUCUGAAGAAAAUGCAAGAGGAAGAAGCAGAAGCAGACAUGGGUUAGGAGUAAAGAAAAUGUGGCUCUGUGGGCUGGCCUAUUGGAAUUAAGAAUAGCCCAGAUGAAACAUAGUAGUAAUUCAAGGUUAUCGAUAGGAAAUAGAUUCUAACAACAUAGAGUAUAGUAUCUGCCUGCACUUGUGUUGUCCAAGGCUUAUUGUAAAUAUAAAGGUUGUGUGUGUCUUUCAUCUGGGAAUGGAAAUAGCCAAGGUGGGGUAGAAAGGCUGGUAUUUAAAUAAAUUUUACAACAGCCAAGUGCUGUAAUUAUAGACACAAAAGUUUCAGACUGACCAUUGUCAAAUUUAGCAUAGUUUCUGAUAGAUGCCCUUCACCACCUAGUUAGCUUAUGUUAUCUCAACAUACUUUUGGCAAGAUCAUAACAGCCUUGAGAUUUAGGAGGCCAACUCUUGCUAUCCACAUUUUGAGUAGAGGAAAGAAAUGUACAAAUGUGUAAGAGUUAAAAACAAAUAAGGAAGGCUGAGAUCUAUCAACCCAUGUGUCUCACAUUUAGUGACUAUUGUAUGUAAUGAGAGAAAGAAAGCUUGUUUCCAUGGUCAGAAUCCAAAAGGGUGGUUGGGAACCCAGAAUAUUCAGUUAAAUGUAUCAGAACCUUAUAUAACCAAGAAAGCAUAUUUAAUAAUAAUUUAAAAGCAUGUAAGGGUAAAGAGAGAUGGCUCAGUGGAUUAAAGUGCUUGCUACUCAAGUGUGAUCGCACUAGUGUUCAAUAUAAAAACCAGGAAGGCAUGACACCCUACUUUCCACUGUACAGGAGGCAGAGAUGGAAUCCCUUAGACAAGAUGGCUAGCUAGACUACCAAAUCUGGCAAGCUCAUGGGUUCAUUGAGAGACCCUGCCUUAAUAAAUAGAGGGGAGAAUGGUGGAAGAAGCCAAUAUAAAUUUCUGCCUCCUUGUGCAUGUACACAUACAUGUACACCACACAUACAUGUAGAUAACAUGUGUACACACACACACACACACACACACAGGGGGCCUGGGGACAAAACUCAGUUAAUAAAGUGUCUGCAAGGACCUGCAUUUGAUCCCCAAAAUCUUGUUUGUUUUUUAAAAGAAAAAAAUGUGCCUUAUACUUGCAAUCCCAUGUCAGCACAGUGGGGACAGAAGGCUCCUGGGCCUCACUGACCAACCAGACUUGCCUACCUGGUAAGUUCAAGGCAAGGGAAAGAUCCUGUUCCAAAAACAACACAGUGGAGUGCGACUUCAGAAUGACACCUAAGGUUGUC